GAAACCAUGAGAGUAUGUUAGUUUAAUUCAGAUCUGUUUGGUGACAAGGUUUGGAAAGAAUAUGUUACUUAAAAGGGAUGUCGACACUGAAAGGCAUUACUUCAAAUGGUUGACUAUGUGGCAAGCCGUGUAGGGGAACGGCAAAGAGAUGGGCAUUCCGAUCUGUUAAUGAGGACAUGGGACUCCAGUUGUCUCUGAUCACUUGUGUGGAUUUUCCUGGUGUAGAACGACAGAAGCCGCCAGUAAGUCAUCGAGAACUACAGCAGGAAUUCAGCGCCAAAGGGAGACAAACCUCACUGUUUUAAUUUGUGUCUGGGAUAAUGUCUGAGCCAGGGGACCUGAACCAGACCAUAGUGGAGGAAACUGGAACGGAGCAAGAAACAGCCAUGCCUGAGAAUGGCAUCGUUAAAUCAGAAAGUCUAGAUGAAGAAGAGAAGCUGGAACUACAGAGACAACUGGCAGCUCAAAACCAAGAAAGAAGAAAAUCCAAGUCAGGAGCAGGGAAAGGAAAACUGACUCGAAGCCUUGCUGUCUGUGAGGAAUCCUCCUCAAGAGCUGGAGGUGAAAGUCUUCAAGAUCAGGAAUCAAUUCAUUUACAGCUUUCCAGUUUUCCCAGCAUUCAAGAGGAAGAAAAAUCUAGGAAAGAUGACACUGAAAGAGAAAAGGAUAAAAACAAAGAUAAAAUCUCUGAAAAACCCAAGAUAAGAAUGUUAUCAAAAGAUUGCAGCCAAGAAUAUACGGAUUCUACAGGCAUAGAUUUACACGAGUUUCUGAUUAACACAUUAAAGAAUAAUUCCAGGGACAGAAUGAUACUCUUGAAAAUGGAGCAGGAAAUUAUCGAUUUCAUUGGUGACAGCAAUAAUCAUUAUAAGAAAUUCCCUCAGAUGUCGUCAUACCAGAGGAUGCUUGUACAUCGAGUGGCCGCAUAUUUUGGGUUAGAUCAUAACGUGGAUCAGACGGGGAAAUCCGUUAUCAUCAACAAGACGGGCAGUACAAGAAUACCAGAGCAAAGGUUUUGUGAACAUUUAAAAGAUGAAAAAGGUGAAGAAUUCCAGAAGCGGUUUAUCUUGAAGAGAGAUAACUCUAGUAUUGAUAAAGAAGACAAUCAGCAAAACAGAAUGCAUCCAUUUAGAGAUGACAGACGAAGUAAAUCAAUUGAAGAGAGAGAAGAGGAGUAUCAGAGAGUGAGGGAGAGAAUAUUUGCACAUGAUUCAGUUUGCUCCCAGGAAAGCCUUUUUGUGGAAAACAGUAGGCACUUGGAAGACAGUAACAUAUGCAAUGAAACCUAUAAGAAAAGACUGCUCUUUCGGGGCAACAGAGAUGGCUCAGGGAGAACAUCGGGUAGUCGACAAAGCAGCUCAGAGAAUGAACUAAAAUGGAUGGAUCACCAAAGGGCCUGGAGCAGCACAGAUUCUGAUAGCUCCAACCGCAACCUCCGGCCCACUAUGACAAAGACAGCAAGUUUUGGGAGCAUUACGGUGCUGACCAGGGGUGAUAGCACAUCCAGUACCAGAAGUACCGGGAAACUGUCUAAAGCAGGUUCGGAAUCUUCCAGUAGUGCAGGCUCCUCAGGAUCGCUCUCCCGCCCCCAUCCAACUCUGCAGAGCACAACUUUGGUCUCUAGUGUGGCAGCCAGCUCCCCUGGCUGCAUGCCCUAUCCAGAUAAUGGGAUGGGGGGACAGAUUGCAUCAAGUAGCACCAGUUACAUCCUUCUUCCACUUGAAGCUGCGACGGGCAUUCCACCUGGAAGUAUCCUGCUUAAUCCACACACAGGUCAGCCCUUUGUUAAUCCUGAUGGAACCCCUGCAAUAUACAACCCCCCCAACAGUCAGCAGUCUCUGCGAGGUGUGAUGGUGGGGCAGACACAGCAGCAAUCUCCGCAGCAGUCUUCACAGCCACAGCAGCCAGUUCAGCCUCCCCAGCCACAACUGACUGGGUCACUGGUCACUCAGUCUGUCCAGGGGCUGCAGGCUUCUUCCCCAUCAGUGCAAUAUCCUGCCGUCUCUUUUCCUCCCCAGAACCUCCUGCCUCUGUCUCCAACGCAGCAGUUCCCCAUGAGAGAUGAUGUGGCUACACAGUUUGGCCAGAUGAGCCUCAGCCGGCAGUCUUCAGGAGAGACACCCGAACCCCCAUCGGCAACCAUCUUUCAGUCCUCCCUCGUGCCACAACCAACCCAACAGCCAAGUUAUGUCAUCACCUCUGCAGGCCAGCAACUUCCUGCAGGGGCCUUCUCUGGCUCUGGGCCUCCCAUUUCCCAACAAGUGCUGCAGCCCCCUCCCUCACCACAAGGAUUUGUCCAACAGCCACCACCUGCACAGAUGCCCAUGUACUACUAUCCAGCCGGUCAGUACCCUACCUCAGCCACACAGCCGUACCGGCCCUUAGCCUCCGUCCAAUUCAGUGCACAGAGGGCUCAGCAGAUGCCGCAGGCAGCACAGCAAGCAGGUUACCAGUCGGUCUUAUCUGGUCAACAGGGAUUCCAAGGUUUGAUUGGAGUACAGCAGUCUCCCCAGAAUCAGAAUGUGAUGAGCAACCAACAAGGAAGCCCAAUCCAAAGUGUGAUGGUCUCCUACCCAACAAUGUCUUCUUAUCAGGUGCCAAUGACCCAGGGUUCUCAAGGUCUGCCCCAGCAGUCCUACCAACAGCCAAUCAUGCUACCUAACCAGGCAGGACAAGGAUCACUUCCAGCUACUGGAAUGCCUGUUUACUGUAAUGUCACACCACCAACCCCUCAGAACAACCUGAGGCUGAUUGGUCAACCCUGUCCCUCCAGCACAGUUCCAGUGAUGUCGGCUAGCUGCAGGACAAACUGUUCGAGUAUGAGCAAUGCAGGGUGGCAGGUCAAAUUCUGAGAGCUCUGACUAUAGUACAUGUCUUCACAUUUUACAUAUGGCCUUUAAGGGAAGGGGAUCAACUGGUUGAGAAUUCAAGUAUUCAAUUCAAUGCUCAAAUGUAUGCUGCUGGUAUUCUGUACAAAGCAAAGACAAAUACAUGUUAGCUGGUUAAUGGUGCAUAUUUCUGCCAUGUCUGCUAGGUAUGCCUUUAUAGCUUAGCUAGUGACAUGAUUUCAUCAAGGUAAGAUUUUCUCCUACCACUGAAUACCACUGUGUAGAUUAUAAUAUCCCUAAUUUGAAUUAUUAGUUUUGUACUUUGUGUUGAGUUUGUGAUGCUAAAAUUAUUUAAAAAAUUAUAUACUGAAAUCACAUUGUACCAAAGCUGUAAUGGAAAAGAAUUGAUGAAUGGAAGGAAUAAUUUAUAUACAUUAUAGAGUUUUCUUUUUUUAAUGGAUAUAUACUGUAUUGUAGUGUUUAAUCAAAAUAAAAUAUUUGACCUUAUGGAGGAAGGUCAUGUUUUUA